AAUGGCUCCACGCAUCAGUCCCCUUAAAGAUGCCAGGAAACAUGUGAUUGCAAAGACGGACAAAACUUGCAUGUUGAAUGUACAGUACAUCAAUGCAGUGAAAGGUCGUGGUGUAUUUGCAAAGGGUUCCAUUUCUCAAGGAGAUUUCGUUCUCGAAUACAGGGGAGACAGGAUUCCUGCUGUUGAAGCCCAGAGAAGGAGGCUGAUAUACCACGAAUCAUGUACUGCAUUUCUUUUCAUGUUUAGGUGGAGAGGGAAAACAUGGUGUAUUGAUGCCGCCAGAGAUGACGGUUCACUUGGGCGCCUCGUUAACGACGAACACAGGCGUCCAAACUGUAAAAUGAAAAAUAUUGAUGUCAAUGGAAGCCCACAUCUUUGUUUGUUUGCCCUUAUGGACAUAAAACAAGGAGAAGAAAUUUCAUACGAUUAUGGAGGUGAAGACUGCCCAUGGAGAACAGAAACGACCACAGUUGGACCAAAUGCACUGCUGGUAGAAGAUUUGCAUACUGUUGUCCUGGCAAAUACCGAAGUGGGUGAUGCUACUCAUCCAAACAUCGCUCAACAGAUGACCACAGUUGGAGAAGAUGCCCUGCUAGAUGGGGGCUCGAAGCCUGUCCUUUCAAACACCGAAGGGGAUGAUGAUGCUACUCGUCCGAUAAUCACUAAACAGAUGACCACAGUUGGAGACGAUGCCCUGCUAGAUGGGGGCUCGAAGCCUGUCCUUUCAAACACCGAAGGGGAUGAUGAUGCUACUCGUCCGAUAAUCAAUAAACAGAUGACCACAGUUGGAGACGAUGCCCUGCUAGAUGGGGGCUCGAAGCCUGUCCUUUCAAACACCGAAGGGGAUGAUGAUGCUACUCGUCCGAUAAUCAAUAAACAGAUGACCACAUUUGGAGACGAUGCCCUGCUAGAUGGGGGCUCGAAGCCUGUCCUUUCAAACACCGAAGGGGAUGAUGAUGCUACUCGUCCGAUAAUCAAUAAACAGAUGACCACAGUUGGAGACGAUGCCCUGCUAGAUGGGGGCUCGAAGCCUGUCCUUUCAAACACCGGAGGGGAUGAUGAUGCUACUCGUCCGAUAAUCACUAAACAGAUGACCACAGUUGGAGACGAUGCCCUGCUAGAUGGGGGCUCGAAGCCUGUCCUUUCAAACACCGAAGAGGAUGAUGUUGCUACUCGUCCGAUAAUCAAUAAACAGAUCCCAAAUGAAAAUGAGAUUUUCGUCCCAAGACUGAGACAAACUAAAAGCAUCAUAAUGAAAGACACCGUUCUUGACGAUUCUGUUCAACUAUAUGAUUCCACAUCAGAGAGUUCAGAUGAGUACAUUCCAGAUUCCAGCUGUGACAGUGAAGAUAGUGAUGUUACCCUCAAACUAAACAAAAGAAAAAAAUAUCAAUCUCUUGAUGACUUGCUGAAUGACUCUGACUCAAUGAGUACUCCUGUCUGUGAAACCGCAACGUCGGACAGCAUGACCUUUGACAGCCAAAGCCUUACUUCUGAAGCCACUGGAGCAGAAGAUGAACCCUGUUCAAGUCUGAACAAAAAUGACAGUAUAGUUGUUGGUGAAUGCCAAAAGAGAAGUGGAAGCAGAGUGUACGACAAGAGACAUUACUGUUUGUAUUGCUCUAAGUCUUAUGCUAAGAUGGCAAGGCAUCUAGAAAGUGCACAUGGAAAGGAAUCCGAUGUGGCUAAAUCUUUUAGCUUUCCAAAGGGUUCAAAGGAGAGAAAAAUGCAGCUAGAUUAUAUUCGCAACAGGGGAAACUAUGCUCACAAUGCUGCAGUUAUGGAGUCAGGAAAGGGGGAACUAGUGCCAUUUAAACGACCACCUGAAAAAGCGCAGGGAAAUGACUUCAUGCACUGUGCAUACUGCCAAGGACUUUUUUCAAGAAAAGUCUUGUGGCGGCACAUGAAGAAUUGCAGAUUUAAACCUGGAUCAGUCACCUCUAAACCAGGAAAAAACCGUGUUCAGUCCAUCUGUACAUACACGGGGCCUGUGCCUUCACUUGUCACUGAAAAACUAUGGGGAGUAAUCAGUGCCAUGAAUCCUGGCCCAAUCACAGAUCAAAUAAAAAACGACCAAGUCAUUAUUGAUGUGGGGCAACACUUGUUAAACAAAGGAGGGACAUCAGAUAAGAAUCAACAGUGUGUUCGGGAGAAGAUGCGAGAAAUGGGAAGGCUGAUCUACAAUGCCAGGAAAGUCACCAACCUAAAAAAAAUGGAAGAUCUGAUAGAUCCUAAAAAUUACAUGGAGACGAUCAAAGCUGUCAAGAAGACAUGUGGUUAUGACAGUGAAACAAACAUGUUUUUGAUUCCAUCACUAGCAACCAAACUUGGGAAUUCUCUUGUUAAAGUAAGCAAACUCUUAAAGGCUCAGGGUUUAAUCUCAAACGACAAAGAGCUUGCAAAAAAUGCUAGCGAGUUUCUAGAUGUCCAUGGUGAAAAGUGGAAUGAGCUGAUAUCAGCAACAGCAUUGAGGAACAUCCGGGAAGCUAAGUGGAAUGUGCCCACUCUCAUGCCCUUUACUGAGGACGUCCAGAAAAUGCACACGUACCUCAGUCGAGUCCAAGAGGGUUGUUUCAGUUCACUGUCUGAACAUCCUUGUACAAAAGCCUGGAUGGAGCUGGCAAAGGUGUGUCUGACCCAGAUCAUUUUAUUCAACCGUCGCAGGGAGGGAGAGGUGGCAAGCAUGCCCUUAACUGCGUUUACAUCACGAGACACCUCUGACCCGCAUGAUGAUGUAGACUGGGCACUGUCUGAAGUGGAGAAGAAACUGUGCAGACACUUUUCACGGAUUAUAAUCAGGGGAAAACGUGGUCGCCCUGUUCCUAUUCUCCUGACUCCCAAAAUGCUCACUUCACUAGAACUGCUUGUUGGGCAGAGGGAGGCUUGUGGCGUUCUAAAAGAAAAUUGUUACCUCUUUGCAAGACCAGAAUGUAUGACACAUUUUCGGGGUUCAGACUGCAUCCGUGGCUUUGCCAAAAUCUGCGGUGCUAAGUGUCCAAAGUCAUUGACGUCGACAAGACUCAGAAAGCAUGCUGCAACUCUUUCAACUGUGCUGAACAUGACAAACACAGAAAUGGACCAGUUGGCCAACUUUCUGGGGCAUGAUAUAAGAAUACACCGCGAAUACUACAGACUACCUGAGAAGACCCUGCAACUCGCUAAGAUUAGCAAACUCUUAAUGGCACUUGAGCAAGGACGAUUAGCAGAAUUUCAUGGCAAGAACUUGGAUGAAAUUGGGAUAGGUCCAGAUGAAAAGGUUUUUGAAAGUGAAGAUGAAAGCCCACAGGAGGCACACUGUUCAUCUACUGCUGAUGCAGAAGAGACUCUUCCUCACAUCGAGAGCCCUGAAAUUCCACCAACCAAGAAGCGAAGACAACGGCCGUUGGUUGAAAUGCCGGAAGAAGUCGGCGCUAUGAGGCCUUCCUCACAAGCAGAGACUCUUCCUCACAUCGAGAGCCCUGAAAUGCCACCACCCAAGAAACGCAGACAACGGCCUUUGGUGGAAAUGCCGGAAGAAGUCGGCGCUAUGAGGCCUUCCUCCCAAGGUAAAGCUGCAAAGAAGAAAAAACCCUGGCAGCCGACAGAGGUCCAGGCAGUCGAGAGGCACAUGACUCGCUUCAUCACCUCUUGCAUUGUACCUGGGAAGAGUGAUUGUGAGAAAUGUUUAAGGGUUGAACCAGAAGCACUACAGAACCGGGAUUGGCAGAACCUUAAAUUCUACAUUCAUAACCGAAUUAAGUCCUACAAAAAGAAGUGGCAAUGAAAAUAGUUUAUACAUUGCAUGUAUAAUGUAUAAUAUUAUACAUUAUACAUGUAUAAUAAUUUUAAUUAUUAUACAUGUAUAUAUAUCCACGUCAUUUAAACAUGAGUCUGAAAGAAGUUUAAUUGUUAUAGAUUUAAAUUUCAGGUAGUCGUUCAGUACUAUCAUUUUGCUCAGAAAGGCCAAAAAGGGCAUAAUUUUAAAAGAAUAUGGUGACGUUUCUACCUUGAUUCUAUAUUUUUAGAUGCUUUGUAUCCAACAAAUCUUGUUGAAGGGCCAAUAAAAGCCCAAAAAUGAGUGAGACCUCAAUAAAAGUUUACUUUUGCAAUUUAAA